CUCGGGGAGGAUAAACAAGAGCGCCAAUAAAAGAGAUAAAGCGCUUUCAUGGUUACCCCAUGUGUAACACUAUUGACAAGAUGGAGUUAAUUAAAGAGGAGAGUGAAGACGUGUGUUAUGGAGAAUUAUGCAACAUGAAAUAUGAAGAUACAUCAGAACAAAUAGACGUAAUGGAACUGAAACAGGAGAGUGAUGAACUGAAUGUAGUGGAGGAGAAACAUCCGUUUCUGAAGCCUCAUCAUUUCACAACGGAAGAAAAUGGUUUUAGCUGCUCACAGUCUGAAAAGAAUUUCAUACAAAAAACAAAAGCAACAAAAAAAUCUUUGACCUGCUCUCAAUGUGGAAAGAGUUACAGCAAGAAAGCAAACCUUAAAUCUCACAUGAGAAUUCACACUGGAGAGAAGCCUUUUACAUGCGAUCGGUGUGGAACGAGUUUCAAAUAUAAAAGUGGACUUGACCAACACAUGAGGCAUCACACUGGAGAGGAGCCUUACAGAUGCUCCCAAUGUGGGAAGAGCUUCAAGUGGAAAAGUGGUCUUGACGCACAUAUGAGAAUUCACGCUGGAGAGAAGCCUUUCAUUUGUCUUCAGUGUGAGAAGAGUUUCUCAUUUCAAGUAGACUUUAAUAGGCACAUGAAAAUUCACACUGGAGUGAACCCUUUCUCUUGCCCUCAGUGUGGAAAAAGAUUUACAUUGAAAGAAACUUUUUCUAGUCACUUGAGGAUUCACACUGGAGAGAACCUUUUUCCAUGUGAUCAGUGUGGGACGAGUUUCAGGCAUAAAAGCGAACUUAACUUGCACAUGACAACUCACACUGUAGAGAAGCCAUAUGUAUGCCAUCAGUGUGGAAAGAGUUUAUUAACUAAAUAUCAACUUAAUUCUCAUAUAAGAAUUCACUCUGGAGAGAAGCCAUUUACAUGCCUCCAGUGCGGGAAGAAUUUUGGAUAUAAAGAAACCUUUAAUAUGCACAUGAAAUUUCACACAGGAGAGAGCCUUUUCACAUGCCUCCAGUGUGGGAUGUGUUUCGCACGUAAAAGCAACUUAAAUACUCACAUGAGAAUUCACACUGGAGAGAAGCCUUUUACAUGUUUCCAGUGUGGGAAGUGUUUCGGAAAUAAAAACAGCCUUGAUAAGCACAUUAAAAUUCAUACUGUAGAGAAACCUUUCAUGUGCCAUCAGUGUGGGAAGAGCUUCAGACAGGCAAAACUUAUCAAAAUUCAUCUUUGCGCUCACGCUGAAGUAAGGUCAAUUACAAGUGAUCAGUGUGGUACAAAUUUGACUUCUGCAUCAGCUGAAAAAAUCCACAUGAGAAUUUGUGAAAAUGAGAAGGCGUGCUUGUGUUCUCUUGAAGAAAAGCAUUUUAAAGAGCAGCAGAAAGAACAUAUUGCUAUUAGAGCUCAUGUCUGCUUAGAUUGUGGAAAGGUGUUUUCUAGAAAAACUAAUUUGGAACGACACAGAAGAAUCCAUACUGGUGAAAGACCAUACAAGUGUCUAAUAUGUGGAAAGAGUUUCACUUGUUCAGGACAACUGAAAGUACACAAGAGAGCGCAUACUGGAGAGAAGCCAUACAGCUGCACUUCAUGUGGGAAGAGAUUUCCCUAUUUUAAGUCUGUAAAGAUUCAUAGAACAAAUUGUUGCCCAGAACUGGAGUGAACAAACUGCAUGUCAUUUCCAAUGUAAAUUAUAUGUCAUUGUAACAAGGUUAAGGUUGGGAAAGAAUGAGGCGGGAACCGGACGAAGCAUCAAAGUAAUGUUUUAAUUAAUUUAAACACAAAAAUGCACAAACAUAAACACAUACAGGGCAGCUGCCUGUAGCCCUCUCUCGAACUGCCACAUCUCGUUGUACCUAUCUCUCUCCUCGGCUGAUUACUCCUUGUCACACUCAUCUCUCCUUUGCCUUGUACGUACCCCCUCUCCCUCCGGCCUUUCCGGGGCUGCCCUUCCAGCCCCACUUAUCAGUAGGCCUUCCCUGCCCUCUGCGACCUGGGAAGGAGACAAGGGGAGGGAAAAACAAAACAACUAAAAGAGGAGAGGGAAAGGCCAAAGCGGAGCGACAGUGAGAGGAUGAGAGGAGAGAGAGGAAAAACGUACUCGUCGGUUCCCAGACACACCGUUGCCUGGUCCUUGAUCACUUCCCACCCUCUGGUGGACAACAGCCACUCCUCCCCGGGUGGACCGGAGCCAGUCAUCCGACCCCUGGCGGACAGAACACCCCUGCAUGUUUCAGCAGCCGGUAGGGAACUCCUCCGCCCCUGGCAGCGGCCCCACCAUCCCUCCUUCCUGGGCUUUGGCACCAAUGUAUCAGGGUUCAAUGGAAAGGAGGAGGUGGGAACCGGACGAAGCAUCAAAGUAAUGUUUAAUAAACCUAAACACAAAGACACACAAACAUAAACGCAUACAGGGCAGCUUCCUGUAGCUCUCUCUCUCUCUCUCUCUCUCUCUCUCUCUCUCUCUCUCUCUCUCUCGAAAUGCUGUAUCUCGUUGCACUUAUCCCUCUCCUCGGCUGAUUAGCCCAAUUGGGGGCCGGGCAUGCGUUGUCACAGCCUGGCCCCGCCCUCCUCCUUGUCAGAGUCAUAGGAAAUUUAUAAUAAAACAAAAGAUAAAAUAAUAAUGGAUGAAAGUGAAAGUCUUUCUAGUAUUUAGUAUUUUAACUUAUGUAACCUUACAUAAAUAUACACUGCCUGGCCAAAAAAAAGACGCAUACUCUAAUAUUUAGUUGGAAAAAAUAUUAAUUUUGCUCCCUGAACCACUCACAAUUUGAGCUCAAUGAAUCUAGGCAUUUUCAUCCUGGAAUAUGCCUGUGCCAUCAGGGAAGAAAAAACCCAUUGAUGGGAUAAACUGGUCAUAUAGUAUAUUCAGGCAGUCAGCUGACAUAAUUUUAUUGCCACAUAAUAUUGCUGAGCCUAGACCUGACCAAUUGAAGCAACCCCAGAUCAUAACACUGCCUCCAGAGCCUUGUACAGUGGGUACUAUGCAUGAUGGGUGCAUCGCUUCAUGUGCUUCCCUUCUUACCCUGACACGCCAAUCGAUUUGGAAUAAGAUAAAUCUGGACUUAUCAGACCUUUUUCCAUUACUCCACAGUCCAAUCUUUAUGCUCUCUAGCAAACUGAAGUCAUUUUUCUGAUUAGCCUCACUAACAAGUGGCUUUCUUGUGGCCAGACAGCUGUUUAGUCCCAAUCCUGUAAGUUCUCUCCACAUUGUGUGUGUGUGGAAAUGCUCUUACUUUCACUAUUAAACAUAGCUGUGAGUUCUGUAAAUUUUUUACAAUGUGACUUCAAGUAAAUUAGUGAUCUCUGAUCAUGAUCAUUCAAGAAUUUUUCCAACCACAUUUCAUUCACAAAGCUACACACUGCAUCAGUUAGGGUUAAAAGAAUUGCUGCCAUCUGAAAAAUAUGAAUCACUUCAAUAAUGAUCCGAUCAUAGGCUCUUAAGUAUCUGCUUAUUUAAAUCCAAAUGUAUUUUUUUAUUUAUUUUUUGUCCAUGCAGUGUACAACCAUUUUUUAACAUUUACAUAAAGAAUGAGAUACAUUCAUCAAAAGGAUGGGUGAGUAAUAGUUCACCCAAAAAUUAACAUCAUUUACCCAUUUGCUGUCUUCUGUUGAACACAAAACAAUAUUAGACAGAAUGUUAGGGAUUGACAGCUUCAGUCACCAUUCAUGAAUUAUGGAGAGAUGGAGAGAAAAAAAAAGUAAAUGAAAGUGAAUGGUGACCGAGAAUGUCAGUUCCUAACAACUGUGUUCCUUAAAAGAAGGUAAUAUGGAUUUGAUACGAGUGAGUAAAUAAUAACAUACACACACACACUCAAUCAUGUAGUAUUUAUUACAUGAUUUUUACAAAAUUAUCAUUAAAUACAGUGUCCUGAAAAAGGAACGUUUCUUUUUUUGCUGAGUUUAGAAUAAAAAUAGCUUUUAAAAGGUUACUGAUAUGACUGGAGUAUUAAUUUUAAUGUAAGUGGUCAUAUAUUGCAAAAUUUAAAUUAAUGUCUUUUGAAUUUGAACUUUUUUAAUGAGGAAAAAAUGACUGAGUGUACCUUAAACCCUUUAACAUUCACCCUGAAAGAGCCAUGGGGAAAUUAUUUUCUUCAAAAUUCUUAUUAAUAGACAUCAAAAUAAAUAUUUCCAUAACUAUAUCCAAACUUUUUUUAUGUUGAUUUUUCUUUUUUUUACUAGAAUAUAUAAAACUCUUCAUUUCGAUUGGUAUGUUUAUGUAAAAUGUUGCUUUAAAUGUAAAAUUACUAUUUAUUGAACUUUAAACUGUAUAAUAAACUGCAUUUAACUUUUAAUGGCAGGUCCUGGAUGCAUUUCAGAUAUUAGCAGGCUCUCCAUGAUUUUGUUUUACAUGAACAAUUUUUUUCAACAGUUAACAUGCAAAUGUAAAAUAUCACCAUAACUGUCCUCAUACCACUCACAGAUGCCCUUUACCAGGUUAGUUGUAAAUGCUCAUCCAAAUAGGACUAUAGACCAAAUAGGUUUAAUCUUGCAAUUGACUCUGUAAGUGCACAGUCGUAAUAAAUAACCAUGACACAGAAAGCACUCAGUCAUUAUUAUUAGCUUGGUAAUGCUGCCUCUCAUUCAACUCUGAGAGAGAGAAAAAGGGUGGCCAGUUAGAAGUUUAAUUAGCAUAAUUUUAAUCUCCAAUCUGUUAGCUAGCAUUUUAAUUCUCAGCUAGCCAGCAGUGACUAGUCAGGUUUAAAUCCCUGUUAUGCUGAUGGGGCAUAUUGUAAGACUGCAUUACAACCUGCCCCAAUAAGUACAAACUAUAUGCAAUUCCAUGCAGUCAGACAUGUAAUUUACAUAAGUCCCCUUUGUGCAUGUGUGUGUGUGGGUGUGUUGUGUCAUCAAUCCAUGCAUUAUAAUGCUGUGGCUUUGUUGUGUAUUCAUUGUCAAGUGUCAAAGUUAUUGCUAUAUUAUAUAUGACAAAGAUAAUAAAUGGCUUUUAUUGACAAUAUUUGUAUUUAUCUUUUAUUUCUUUUAAUUAGAUCAGAUGUAGACUAGUUGUUAGGGGGGAUUUUAUGCUGUCAUAUGGUAACGUUUCAAUGUAGCUAUGUAGCACGUUGUAACAUUUAACUUUCCUUUUUUUCCAGGUAGAUGGCGAAAAAACUAUCUGUUAUAUUUAUGAAACAUGACCACAUAUUUGUUCUAGAAAUGUGUAAAAUGUAUCUGAAUUAAUUAAAAUUAAAAAUUUCAGAAGAAUACAAAGGACAGUUCGGACUGCUUAGAGGAUUAUUGGUUGCCCCCUGCCCUACACAUCCAGAGUGAGGAAAAAGGCUUGAAAAAUCACUCUGGGCCCCACUCACCCUGCCCACUACCUUUUUGAACUGUUGCCUUCUGACCAGCGCUACAGAGCUCUGAACACCAGAACUGUCAGACACAGGAACAGUUUUUUCCCUCAGGCUAUCCAUCUCAUGAGCAAUAAUUAUGUGCAAUACACAGCUUAGUCUGUUUAUAUUGAUCCAUGCAUUCAGUGCAUUCCCUUGCAUCUGUAUAUAACAGAUUCUAUAUAUACUUUAUUCAGUUUUUUUUUAGUCUUAUUAUUAUCUCUGUCUUGUUGUUGUAUUGUUUGUGCACUAGAAGCUUCUGUCACCAAGACAA